CUGCAGCUGGUAGUAGUGUGAUUGAAUUGUUGGCAACACAGCUAUAGUCAAGAAAUGUCUGGGCCAGUGUCUAGUUGAGUAUAUAGUGCCCCGAAGUAGAUCGGUUCCCAACAGGCCUGGGGUAGUCCCUGAACGCAUCACCGUUUACGUCAGUACUACUAGUGACAAAGAGACCUCAAGGAGUCAUAGAGUCACAGCAUCACUGGCAACCAGAUACGAGAGUAACGAGACACGGACCCGAAAUCAUCUCUAGACCGAAGUACUCCUGUUUUUUGUCGGGUAGUUGGGAACGGUAUAACAGUUCUUAUGACUGACGGGUUCCGACAUUGAUACUAGUCACUCUUGUCGAUCUCAACAUGCAGCUCUCACACUCUUUCACGGCACUCAUGGCCUUUGUCGUCAUUACUGCAACAUAUCCAGCACCGCAUUUGUUGACGACAUCGUUGGCUAGGCGCGGGGUGCUUACCUCUAACCUCGAUCAAAACACUAGGGUUGUCGGUAGUCCUAGCCCACUCACCCCACUUAUGAUGCCCAACGCUGACUCGGAUUCGCCCGAGGACUCCCCUGAUGGAUUUGACAAGCGCGCAGAACUUGACCAGCUUAACGUCCCAGUCGUCAUCCCAGUCGUCGUCCCAGUCAACGACCCAGUCGUCCCACUCAAUGUCAACGUCCCAGUCCACGUCCCAGUCGUCUUCCCAGUCAACGACCCAGUUGGCGCUCCCGGCGCGCCCGACUCACCUAACACACCUACCUAUCAAGCGCGCGGAGCUUGAUGACAUCGCUUGUUCCGCAUCUACUCUACCUACAUCACCUGAUGAGUUUAGCAAGCGCUGUCCUCCCGUACCUACAGGGGGUGACGAGUCUAGCAAGCGCGAGGAGAUGAGCAAGGUGCCGAUUCGGAGCCUGCCGGAGAGGCAACACCACACGUCCAACUAAGCGAGACGCUGUUAUUUGAAAUUCGAGCUUUUCAUACAGGACAAGUUGUUGCUAUUCAUUCCCUUACCCUCGUUAGCAUAACAUCUCGUUACAUUCGUUCUUUAUCUUCCUUUCACUAAUACCGUGCAACCCUCGUUUCCAUACAAAUGACCUAUCAGCAUUUAAACCUGCAACUCCUAGGCUCGUCAUCAUCCCAGAGUCAACGUCGCACUGAUAUGCCUUUUAGUCUUGAUGCGCUGUUCUAAAAAAGAAAUCACCCUGUCGCGUGUGAGGCCAAUACUGA